UGUGACAUCAGGUGGUUUAAUCCGGAAACGGCACCGGCGGCAGAGGCUACAGCACCAAGGGGCCGUCGUUGGUGGGCGCGCCGGGGAAAGAGUAAGAGGAACGUAACCCGGAAGCGGAAGCUGGCCCCCUUCCCAGCUCGGGCCUGCCAGUGGACACUAAUACCACCAUGGACCUGUUGUUCGGGCGCCGGAAGACGCCAGAAGAGCUGCUGAGACAGAACCAGAGGGCUCUGAACCGCGCCAUGAGGGAGCUGGACCGUGAACGACAGAAGCUAGAGACCCAGGAGAAGAAAAUCAUUGCAGACAUCAAGAAGAUGGCCAAGCAGGGCCAGAUGGAUGCUGUGCGCAUCAUGGCAAAAGACCUAGUGCGCACUCGGCGCUAUGUACGCAAGUUUGUUUUGAUGCGGGCCAAUAUCCAGGCUGUGUCCCUCAAGAUUCAGACGCUCAAGUCCAACAACUCAAUGGCUCAAGCCAUGAAGGGUGUCACUAAGGCCAUGGGCACAAUGAACAGACAGCUAAAAUUGCCCCAGAUCCAGAAGAUCAUGAUGGAAUUUGAGCGGCAGGCAGAGAUCAUGGACAUGAAGGAGGAGAUGAUGAAUGAUGCCAUUGAUGAUGCCAUGGGUGAUGAGGAAGAUGAAGAGGAGAGCGAUGCUGUUGUAUCCCAGGUCUUGGACGAGCUGGGACUGAGCCUGACAGAUGAACUGUCCAACCUCCCCUCCACUGGAGGUUCACUCAGUGUAGCUGCUGGUGGGAAAAAAGCAGAAGCCGCAGCUUCAGCCCUGGCUGAUGCUGAUGCAGACCUGGAGGAGCGGCUCAAGAACCUACGGAGAGACUGACUGCCCCCCUGCUACUUGGGAGUGGAGGGACCAGUGAAUGUCUGGAACCCUUACCAUAAGCACUCUGUAAUAAAAGAGAUUGGACACUAGUUCUGGUUCUGUGACUACAGUACCAGCCUGAUAUGGGACCAGGCUGGGAUCCCUGGGGGCAGGAAUGGUAAUCACUAAGGCUCAAUAAAGCAGGCACUUGACUUGAA